GAAAAAAGUUACACGUUUGAUGAAAAGUUCUGUUUUUGUUUUGCAUUGUCGCGCAUCCGUUUUCCGCCGUAAAAUAUAGGAUUUGGGUUCCGAAAACGAUCAGACGGCACAAUUUACUCGCGGUGCGCUCACGAAAAGGCAGAUGUUGAGCAUGUCGACGAACAGCUUGUCGUAUAAUGACCAAGGAGGAGCGGAGUCUGCUGUUGAAGUUGGGCAGGAGACCACUCCGACCUCCUCCAGCACCAUUACCUCCGGGAUGGGAUUAGGCCUUUUCAGCAGUGAUUUUAAAAAGAAUGAUGACCUCAAAGAAAUGUUGGAAAGCAACAAGGAAUCCCUCAAACUGGAGGCGAUGAAAAGGAUCGUUGGGUUGAUUGCCAAAGGCAAGAACGCAUCGGAGCUCUUCCCGGCGGUGGUGAAGAACGUCGCAAGUAAAAACAUCGAGCUGAAGAAGCUGGUCUACGUCUACCUCGUCAGAUAUGCCGAGGAGCAGCAAGACCUGGCCCUCCUGUCAAUCAGCACCUUCCAGCGCGCCCUUAAGGAUCCGAACCAGCUGAUCCGGGCCAGCGCCCUGAGAGUUCUGUCCAGCAUCCGGGUGCCCAUUAUCGUUCCCAUCAUGAUGCUGGCCAUCAAGGAGGCCGCCACGGACCUGUCCCCAUACGUCAGGAAAACCGCCGCUCACGCAAUCCAGAAACUUUACAGUCUUGAACCGGACCAAAAAGAACAUUUAAUUGAAGUGAUUGAGAAACUCCUGAAGGACAAAAGCACUCUGGUGGCCGGGAGCGUGGUCAUGGCGUUCGAGGAGGUGUGCCCUGACCGCAUCGACCUGAUCCACAAGAACUACCGCAAGCUCUGCAACCUGCUGGUGGACGUGGAGGAGUGGGGCCAGGUGGUCAUCAUCAACAUGCUGACCCGCUACGCCCGGACACAGUUCCUCAGCCCGUGGAAGGAGGAUGGCCUUUUUGACGAGAACAGCGAGAAGGCCUUCUACGACUCUGACGAGGAGAAGAAGGAAAAGGCCGAAUCCAAGCCCUAUGUGAUGGACCCAGACCACCGCCUCCUCCUGAGAAACACUAAGCCUCUGCUGCAGAGCAGGAACACAGCCGUGGUGAUGGCGGUGGCCCAGCUGUAUUGGCACCUGGCCCCGAAGCAUGAAGUGAGCAUCGUAACCAAGUCAUUAGUGCGACUGCUGCGGAGCCACAGAGAGGUGCAGUAUAUUGUGUUGCAGAACAUCGCUACCAUGUCCAUCCAGAGAAAGGGCAUGUUUGAGCCAUACCUGAAAAGCUUCUAUGUGAGAUCUACAGAUGCCACUCACAUCAAGACCUUGAAGCUGGAGAUCCUGACCAACCUGGCCAAUGAGGCGAACAUCUCCACCAUCCUGCGGGAGUUCCAGACAUACGUCAAAAGCCAGGACAAAGCCUUCGCCGCUGCCACCAUCCAGGCCAUUGGAAGAUGCGCAACAAACAUCUCUGAAGUUACAGACACCUGCCUCAAUGGGCUGGUGCUGCUGCUGUCCAACAGAGAUGAGAUAGUGGUUGCAGAGAGCGUGGUGGUGAUCAAGAAGCUGCUCCAGACCCAGCCCUCCCAGCACAGCGAGAUCAUCAAACACAUGGCCAAGCUGUUUGACAACAUCACCGUGCCCAUGGCCAGAGCCAGCAUCCUGUGGCUGAUUGGAGAGUACUGCGAGCGGGUCCCCAAGAUCGCCCCCGACGUCCUGCGGAAGAUGGCCAAGACCUUCACCUCCGAGGAGGACAUAGUGAAGCUGCAGACGGUCAACCUGGCCGCCAAACUGUACCUCACCAACUCCAAGCAGACGAAACUGCUUACACAGUACAUAUUGAAUCUGGGCAAGUACGAUCAGAACUACGACAUCAGGGACCGCACUAGGUUUAUCAGGCAGCUCAUCGUCCCCAACGAGAAGAGCGGGGCGCUCAGCAAGUAUGCCAAGAGGAUCCUCCUGGCCCCCAAGCCGGCCCCAGUGCUUGAGUCGUCCUUCAAAGACAGGGAUCGCUUCCAGCUGGGCACCCUCUCCCACACCCUCAACACGAAGGCCACCGGCUACCUGGAGCUGUCCGACUGGCCCACGGAGGCCCCCGACCAGUCCGUGAGGAACGUGGAGGUUAUUGAGCCGGUGAAAGAGUGGGCCAAACCUCUGGGGAAGGGGAAGCCUGCCAAGUCCGAAGAUAAGUUCUACUCGGACUCGGGGGAAGAGGAGGAGGAGGAAGAAGAGGAAGAGGGCUCUGGAAGCAGCAGUGGCAGCGAGGACAGUAGCAGCAGCAGCAGCAGCAGCAGCAGUGAAGAGGAGUCUGGAAGCGAGGAGGGGAAGAGCAGCAGUAAGGACAGCAAAAGCAGUGAGGACUCGGAUAAGAGCUCCAGCCACUCGGCCUCCAACAAGAAGAAACGGCUCCAGAAGAAGAAGGCCAGCCUUGGGUCCAAAGACAGCGAGUCCGACGCCGAUGAGAAGGGGAAAGGGCCGAAGGCCAAGGCGGGCAGCGAGUCCUCACAGUCCCAGGCCAGCUCCUCGGUCGACGGCUCCUCCAGCUCAGAGUCCGGAUCGGAAGCAGACACCGAUUCCGACUCGGGAACCGAACAGAAAAAGAAGCAGAGGCCAAAGCCCAAGGUGGAAGAAAAAGCAAAAAAAGAAGUUUCCUUGUUGGAUCUUGAUGACUUUGCCCCAGUCCCUACGACCAAGUCCUCUGUUCUGUCUCCAAGCCUCCUGAGUGAUCUGGAGGGGCUGUCUCUUUCCAGUGCCUCUUCAACCAUCCAGGUCAGCAGUCCGACGUUCGUCCCCGCGAAGUCCCACGAGCUGCUCCACAGGAUGAGCGGGAAGGGGCUGGCGGCUCAGUACCACUUCCCCCGGCAGCCCUGCAUCUACAGCCCCAGCAUGGUGUCCGUGCAGCUCACCCUCACCAACGGCGGCGACCACAAGCUGGAGGACGUCCACAUAGGGGACAGCAGCCCGCCCGGUCUCAGCAUCCACCGCUUCAGCAACAUAGAGUGUCUGGAGCCGGGAGCGUCCAUCACCGUCUCCAUGGGAAUUGACUUCAAUGAUUCCACUCAAGCAGCAAACUUUCAGCUUUGCACAAAGAAUGAUCAGUUCAGUGUGUCCAUCCAGCCGGCGGUGGGAGAGCUGUUUCUACCAGUCACCAUGACGGAGCAGGACUUUCUCAAAGAGCAAGGAAAACUGACGGGGAUGAACGAGAGCUCAGCAAACAUCACUGUGUCAGCAGAGAGCGCCUCUAGUCCCAUCAGUAGGAAGGUGGUCACCGUGGCAAACAUGGGCGUGGUCCCGUCUGGCCAGGAUAGUAUCCACAGGUUCGCCGCCAAGACGACCAGCGGCGGAGCCCUGGUGCUGGCCACGGUGGAGCUGAAGGAGGGCGCGGCGGCGCGCCUCACGGUCAACACGGAGAAGACGGUGGUGGGCUCCAUGCUGCUGCGCGAGCUGAGCACGGCCCUGUCCCAGGGGUAGAGUGCCCCCCAGCGCCCCCCC